AUGGAAGGACAGACAGAAGCUCCUGAGGAAGAAGAAAACGAAGGUGAAGAAGAGGAAGGCACUGGUGGCCAAGAAAAGUCCAGCAAGAUAGCAAGCGGCAGCAAAAGCCACGACUCGCCAGAGAAGUCAGUGCCACGGUCCAGAAAGGGCAGCAAGAAGACUGUUGCCUCUGCUGAUGCUGGGGACCAGGGAACAGGAUUAUCCGCUGCGGAGGAAGAUGGUGCAGGCAGCUCCGGCAAGCGCCGCGCACGCAGUUCGAUCACGCCAAAAGAGAGCAAGCACGCCAUGGGGGAAGGACACGAAGAAACGGGAGCUGAAGCCACGGACCAUCCCGAGGAAGAGACCGAGGGACAGCAACCGGAGGAAAACGAGGAGACCGGGGCCACGACCACAAAGGGCAGUGCGUUGAAAGAGACUCCUAGAGGGAGCCACAAGGGCAGUGGCAAGGGCAGCAUUAGAGGCACACAGGAAGGCACCACCAAAAUCUCUGGAGAAGGCACAGCCGGGGAGACGGGCUCUCAGCAGGGCAGCCAGGGAUCCGCCAAGGAGAGCGCUGCGGCGACGGAGGCACCUGCGAGCGGGGAACAGACUGCGGCUGUGGAAAGUGGAGAGAACGAAGAAGACGGCACCGGACAGGGAAGCAAACAGGCGAGCAGCCGAAAGACUCGUACCGGAUCAACUCACGAGAGUGGUCCAGGUAGCACGGAGCACCAAGAGUCUGCUUCCCGGGCUGACAAAGGGACGCCCGAUGAAAAGGCAAUGGAUACGUCACCACGAAUAUCCCUUGACCUGCCGCAAGAGAAGGCACCGCCACCCGCAGAACCACCCAAGAGAUCUCUGUUCAGUUUCUUCCAAAGGAAGCCUGCAGCUGACACAGCAGCCGCAGCCCCUUUGGAAACUCAAAAGCCCAUGGAGGAAGCUCCCAUAGUACCCACGGAUGCUCCAAAGGCGGCGGCGGAAGCUCCGCCACCACCACAAAGGAUUGGCCUGAGGUUGCCUUUUUUUCGCAAGCAGACGUCUGGUGCAUCGACGCCUUCGAAACCACCGCCAUCUCAGCAGCCACCUGCCGCUCCUGCCACUGAACCCAAGCCUUCAUUUUUCUCCCGCUACCUUGGCUCCGGUGGAAAAUCGAUGCCAGCACCUCUGCCACCACCUGGAAAGCCACCGCCUCCGCUUCUUGCUCUUCCAGUAACCACGGCUAAUCCUGUGCCGACUUCUGCAUGGCAGAAGGAUGCGCCUGCAAGCUUCGUGAAGCCAGGGGAAGAGCUCGACAUCCCCGAGGACCUGGGAUCCACGCAGAUCUCGGGAGCGGCAGCACUCGAAAAGAAAAGUGACAGCGACGCCGCGCAGUCAGACGCCAGGUGA